UCGAUAGAUCGAGAAGAAUGAGAAUAGUCGUUGAAUAUAUAGAACGCUAAAUUGGGUGCAACAAUUUCUAAUGGGAGAUUGACUAAAUGCAGGAAUGUAGAGAGCAUGAAAAGCUCUAUUUAAGCGCACUAGCUAGUACUUGUAGAUGAGACCAACUCAUUAUUUUUGUUUAGGGUCUCUCUCUAUGGCAAAGCAAAUUAGUGUUGAAGUUUCCAAUAUGGUUGCAGCCGCAUUGUUGCUCCUCGGAGUUCUUGUGGCCGCCCCAACAGCUGUGCAAUCUAUUGGCGUCUGCUACGGAACGAACGGAGACAACCUCCCCCAGCCGAGCUCCGUGGUGAGCCUGUACAAGUCCAACGGCAUCGGCGCGAUGAGGAUCUACGCCCCCGACACCGCCACUCUGCAGGCCCUGGGGGGCUCCAACAUCCAGCUCAUCCUCGACGUCCCCAACACCAGUCUCCAGUCCAUCGCCUCCGAUCCGUCCGUGGCCACCUCCUGGGUCCAGACCAACGUGCAGGCCUACACUUCCAGCGUCUCCUUUAAGUACAUCGCGGUCGGCAAUGAAGUGAUCCCCGGCGGCCAGGCGCAGUACGUUCUCCCCGCCAUGCAGAACAUCUACAACGCCUUAUCGUCCGCCGGCCUCAGCGGCCAGAUCAAAGUCUCCACGGCAGUCUCAACAGGUGUUCUCGGAACAUCAUAUCCUCCGUCGAGCGGUGCGUUCUCUCCCGACGCUGCUUCGACCCUGGGGCCUAUCGUGCAGUUCCUCGCGAGCAACGGGGCUCCUUUGCUAGCGAACGUGUACCCGUAUAAUGCUUACGUAGGCGGAGGCAUCAGUCUCAGCUACGCGCUGUUCACGUCGCCGGGGACGGUGGUGCAGGACGGGCAGUACGCGUACCAGAACCUAUUCGAUGCGCAGGUCGACGCGCUCUACGCAGCACUGCAGGGGGUUGGGGCGUCGAGCGUCGAUAUCGUGGUGUCGGAGAGCGGGUGGCCUUCGGGGGGCGGCCCUGCCGCAGCCACGGUGGGCAACGCGCAGACGUACAAUCAGAAUCUGAUCAACCACGUCGGCAACGGGACGCCGCGGAAGCCCGGGCCGAUCGAGACCUACAUAUUUGAGAUGUUCAACGAGGAUCUCAAGUCCCCGGGGAUCGAGCAGAACUGGGGAUUGUUUUACCCCAACGAGCAGCCUGUGUACUCGAUCAACUUCAGUUAAAACUGCCAAAAGAGGCAGAGAAAUAAGAGCUGCUCAAUAAUUGGAAAGAUCUAGAAAUAAAAUAAGUUUAUUGGAGCAGUUGAUAUGCUUCCAUGUAAUCGAAAAUUGAUGUUAUAAUAAAGCGAAUGCUGGAAUAUGAUGGUUUAUUAUUUUUGUUUAA